UCGGUCUACUCUCUCUCUCUUUCUUUACACAUAACAAAAGCUAGAACUCUUUUUGUGAGACCAUGUCAGGCGUCUGGGUGUUCAAAAACGGAGUUAUACGUCUAGUAGAAAACCCAUACCAGUCCGGUGGAGUGACGCAUGGCCGGAGGAAUGUCUUGGUUUACUUGCCCACCGGUGAAGUAAUCUCCUCUUACUCGUCACUCGAACAGAUCCUAAUGAGUCUCGGGUGGGAGAGAUACUUCACUGGAGACUCAGAUCUCAUCCAAUACCACAAACGUUCCUCCAUCGACCUUAUCUCCUUACCAAGAGACUUCUCCAAGUUUAACUCUGUUUACAUGUACGACAUCGUCAUCAAGAACCCUAACACCUUCCACGUCCGUGAUUUCCACUGAAAUCUACGUAUUUUAAUUCUCGACGAAUCGGUUUAGUUUGCGUUUGUUUUGUUCCAACCGAGAAAUUCCAGACAUAAACUCAUAUGGAAUCUGAAGUAAUCAUGUCAAAUAACGUACUGGUCAAAAGAGAAGAUGUGUGAGCUGUAGGAAAUUUAUUUUACUAGGACAACUGAUAUUUGUAAAGAAUAAUAAUAACAUAAAUUAAAAUUUCAAUACCGAAAUAUAAAAAUAAAGAAGAAUUGCAGAGUCGAGAUAGUUAAUCUCUUUCCUUAAAUCUUUAAACACCCCGUAGUAUGACGGUUUCAUGGCGCUCAGAUUCCCAGGAUACAACUGCAUCAUUGUUUUUGUUUACCAUCACCGAAAAACAGAAUCUAUCGACCAUAUUUC